AUGAAGGCAUCAGCAUCAUCAGAAGGUGAUGAUCAUUAUUAUAAAGAUGAUGAUCAAAAUAAUAACAAUUACAAAAGUGUGGUGGUGGUUGUGGAUGCAUUUAGAGAUGAUAGCUUGAAAGCAAUCGCAGGGGUCCUCCUACAAAAUUGCUCACUCAAAUCAGGAGAUGUUCUUACAGUUCUUGCUGUUCUUCAACAGGUUAAUAGUCCUAGUAUGUUUCCUUUAUCGGGACUUCUAAAACAAUUGGGAUACAUGGUAAGAGUGGACUCUGGUUUUGGGAUUAACGAUAAAAAAGUUGAGGAAGCACGUGCCGCUAAAGAAUUCGAGUACUCUAAUAAACCAGAGAUCAAGGAAAUUACUAAGCAAUGUUAUGCAGACCAGGUUGGUUUCCAUGUGACGGUGGUUGCUGGAAAGUGGGCUGCAUUGGAGAAGGCAAGAGAAUCAGAAGCGACAUGGCUAAUACUUGAUAAGGAGAUGAAGAGAGAAAAGAAAUUCUUCUUGGAAAAGCUUAAAUGUGACAUAUCAGUAAUAAAACGAAGCUAUUACAUUGAAGAUUUGAGAGUUUCAAAACAAACAUGGAACAGUAAAGACGGCGACACAAAACUGACUGGAAGUAACUCAAAAAGAUACUUAAGGUACGAUGAAAUGAUACCAGGAAGCCCAGAAGAGAAAUAUUCUCAACAAAAAGGUAAAGAGCAAGGAGGCAAUGAUGGUACAGUAGCAUCAUCAUCAGCUCCCAAAGAAACGGCACUGACAGAAGACUAUUGUAAGAGCAUGGAAGGACAAGCACAUAUUAAUAAUAAUGAACAACAUCAGAACGAGGAGGAUUGGAUGGCGGGAUUCGAGACUGAUGAUGAACUAGUAUCCAUUUGUUCAAAAUGUGAAAAUAAAAGGCCAAAGAUUGGAUGGACAAAAGAGUUUACUUAUGCAGAGCUCCACACAGCUACAAGGGGUUUCUCCAAAGCCAACUAUAUAUCAGAAGGUGGAUUUGGUAAUGUGUUUAGAGGUCAACUCAAGAAUGGGCUGGAGAUUGCUGUGAAGAAACAUAAACAUGCAAGCUCACAAGGGGAGAAAGAAUUCAAGGCUGAAGUUCACUUUCUCAGCAAGGCAAGACACAAGAAUUUGAUUAUGUUGCUGGGAUCAUGUUCGGAAGGGAGCCACAGGCUGCUUGUUUAUGAAUAUGUUUGCAAUGGUUCAUUGGAUCGACAGUUAUUAAAAUACGUAAGCAAACCCCUCACUUGGGCUGAGAGGAUGAAAAUUGCGGCAGGAGCUGCUAAUGGAUUGCUGUACCUUCAUAAAAGCAAUAUUGUCCACAGAGAUAUAAGACCAAACAACAUUCUUCUUACACAUGAUUUCAACACCCUGCUAGGAGACUUUGGCCUUGCGCGGACUCAGCACGAAGAUCACUCAUCAGAGACGAGAGUUGUUGGAACACUGGGAUAUUUGGCACCAGAAUACGCUGAAAGUGGAAAAGUUUCAACCAAGACUGAUGUUUAUGCUUUUGGGGUCAUUUUAUUGCAGCUGAUCACUGGACGUGGCACUAAUGACAAAUCCCUUGAAGGAAAAAGUCUUGUGGGAUGGGCAAGACCACUGCUAAAAGAUAGGAACUACCCGGAUUUAAUUGACGAAAGGAUCUUAGAUUCCCAUGAUGUCCACCAACUCUUUUGGAUGGUUCGAGUAGCUGAGAAAUGUCUCAUCAAGGAUCCUCACAAGAGAUUAACAAUGGAUGCGAUAGUACAUGCUAUAAAUCACCUCAGAAAGUCAGAUGCAAUCUGCAUUAUCAGCAUUUCGCCUGCGAAUUCAGAUUCCUUGCCUGCCAGCAAUGAAGGCUCUCCCGAGACAUAUGGUGAUGGUGAAGGUGAUGAUGAUGUUAUUACAAGCUAUACAGAAACUUAUAAGGCCAGACAUAGCAUGGCUUAUUAUGAUCACAUAUCUGGGAGGAUUUCACAAUCAUCUUUUACUCAAUCUACUUCAUCAUCAGCAUCAUCCAGCAGAUCAAGCUUUUCCCCAGUGUCUGAGCAGUCCACUUUGGAUAGCAGAAGUAAAUAGCAUUUAUACUUCAUCUA